AACAGUCGCGCACUUCCCUCCUCUGAAUCUCUCCCGGUCACCGGCUUCUUGCCUUUCACAGUCUCUGUCUUAUCAAGCUCGAUCUCCCUCUCAAUCUCUCUCUCCAACAAUGACUGCAAUCCAAGCCAUUCUUCCUUCAGCUGUCUCCCUCCGUUAUCGCUCUUCCUCCACUCCCUCUCUCCCUUGGCGUCCGUCCAAGCUCUCGUCCGUCGUCGGCCGGAAAAUGCCCCGCGGCCGGAGGCUUUCUGGCCGGCCCCCCUGCGUGGCGAUGGUCCAGCAGGCGGUGCAGGGAGCUCCGGCGACCUACGCCAAGGCGAUGGAGAGGCUCUCAGCCAAGGAAUCGCUCCUCCUCGCUUUCAAAGAUUCCGGAGGCUUUGAGGCUUUGAUCAGUGGCAAGAUGACUGAUAUGCAACAAAUUGACGUGAAUGAGAGGAUAAUUGGUCUUGAGCGACUUAAUCCGACGCCUAGGCCGACAACGUCUCCCUUUUUAGAAGGCCGAUGGAACUUUGAAUGGUUUGGCCCUGGAAGCCCUGGGCUGACUGCUGCUAGAGUGAUAUUCGAGAGAUUUCCGGCAACUUUGGCCAAUCUGUCAAAAAUGGAUAUCAUGAUUAAAGAUGGGUAUGCUAGAAUUACAGCUAAUCUGAAGUUACUGAACUUGGGUUUUAAUAGUAAGGGAUUUUCUCUAAUGAAGCUAGAAAGCAAAUUCAUCUUGUCCACCAAGUUAUCUGUGGAGGGCCCGCUUCGGAUGAAGGAGGAAUAUGUAGAAGGGACAUUCGAAACACCAACUGUUAUUGAAGAAACUGUACCGGACCAGCUAAAAGGUGCACUUGGCCAAGCCGUUAGCACAGUACAGCAACUUCCUGUUCCAAUUAGAGAUGCCAUCACCAGUGGAUUAAAAGUACCUCUAAGUGGGACUUUCCAGAGGCUUUUCAUGAUAUCUUACCUCGACGAAGAGAUACUAAUAAUAAGGAGUACCGAUGGAGUACCUGAAGUCCUCACAAGAUUGGAGGUGCCACCUACAAUGGCCGAGCCAAUCGAGGAGUAUGAGAGCUAGAAACUUCUUUCUUCUCAGUUGCACUCCACGCAGAUGGAAUACCUCUCGGUCACAGAAUCCACUCAAGAGUCCCAGUGUCUGGGUAAACAUUAGUCGAUUCACUAGCAUAAUUAGCGAAAGCGAUAAUCUUUUGCAAGGUCUUGCCAGAGGUCAACUAUCCUGUUUCUGGUAUGCUUUCGUGCUAUAGUGAGAAAACGUGCUUUGCAACUAGAUAAUAUUGUAGCAUAUUUCAGCCAUUGAUGAUGACGCAUUUUGAAUUUUUUGUUAGAAAAA